AUCUUGGUGUGUCUUAUACACCGGUGCAUCUUAUAGUCCGAAAAUUAUGGUACAUUUAUUCAUAGACAUUGUGAUUAAAAAAGCAAGGUAAGCAAACAUAAAAUAAUAGAUAAAUAAAAAUAAAAUAAAAUGUAAAGCCAUCAUAAUGUAACCCAGUUAAUAUAUGGUUCUAAACUAAAAUUUGCUUAAUCAUGGUUUAUAAAUCUUUGUGAGUUUUUAAAGGAUGUCAAAUGCACAAGGCUUUUCUUAUUUUUAUAGGCAACUAACAUUUAAGAUGCAGUUUGUCAGGUUAGAGUGAAAAAAAGUUGCACCACUUAAACUCCUUUCUUCUAUGGUGCUAUUUUGUCAAUCUACCAUUACCCUGCUUAUUUGGUAUUAUUUCACUACUGAUUUGGCAGCAUUGUAACCUUUUGCAAAGCAAAUAUUUUAAAGAUUAGCCUGUACCGGUCUCAGUUUUCUCCUCAAGUUAUAAUCUGGGCUUGUUAAAAGUAAUUUUGAAGACACUUACAGUUUAAUUUUAAAAAAUGAUUUUAUGGUCUGUGAUAUAAAAUGUUCAGUUGAUCAAGUGACAAGAGUGCCUUUAAACUCUCCACAUUGCUUUUCCUAUUCCCUAAGUAUACCUUGUCGGGUUUGUGGCUUUGUUUUCUCUAACCUAGUGAAAAUACAUAGCCAAAAGGUAGACUUAGACACACUCCAGGAAGGAACACACCCUCUCAACAUAUUUCCUCAGAAUUACUCAGCCUGUGAUUUACAGGGCUGUUUCAUCGUCUAGAACUGUCUCGCUAUGCUCGGGAGGGAAAAGGUGAUGCCUGCCACACCUUAAUUCGGUGAUACGCUCAUUUUCAGAAGUUGCAAUGUGAUCAUUAACAUCAGGCAUUGCUCUGUAUUGCACAACCUGACUCACGUACAAAGUUUAAAGGAGGAGCAGAUCCGGGCAUACGGAUAUAGCCAAGAGGAGAACAAUACGAAGUAGCAUAAGGGAAAGUGCUGUAUAAUAACAAGGGCUGGGCGAGGGAGCAGCUCAGCUUAACGCUCAGCAAAAUGAGGGCUGCAGGAUGGAAGCUGUGCAACCUUGGGUGGCUGGCCUUCUGCACAGGCCUGAGGCUGUGUCUGGGACAUGUUUCACAACAGAGGAUAGCCUUUCCACAGCUCUUGGGCCAAGGGCAACAGCAACAAGGUCACUGGGAUUUUAAACCAAGACAGGAAUGCAGUCCAGGAUUCUAUCGUGAGACAGUGGGUCCAUUUACAGGAAAGUGUGUUCCAUGUAAUUGUAAUGGAAAUUCAGAUAGAUGCCUGGAUGGUUCUGGAAUUUGUAUUAACUGUCAACAUAAUACUGCUGGAGAAAAGUGUGAACGUUGUAAAGAAGGAUACUUUCGAGAUGCCAGUCAAGGACUUUGUAAGGAAUGUCACUGCCCUUACACAAACAGUUUUGCUUCUGGCUGUCUGGAAGAUAAUGGAGAAAUCCAAUGUUUUUGCAAAGAAGGCUAUUCUGGAAAGCAUUGUGAAAGCUGUGCUCCUGGUUAUUUUGGAAAUCCACUGAAAUACAGAUACUGUCAAAAAUGUAAUUGUCUGGAGAAUGGCCAGCUCACAACAUGUGACCGCUUGACUGGGGAGUGCAUAAGCCAAGAACCAAAAGACAUAGAUCCAAAUGAAGAUUGUAAUUCUUGUGGCAGUUGUGUAAUCACAUUGCUGGAAGAUUUGAGUACAAUGGGAAGUGAGCUCCGAGUGAUUGAAUUUCAAAUGCAAAGUAUCAACACUAGUGCCCAACUGCUGGGCCAGAUGAAGCACCUGGAAGUCCGUAGCAAGCAACUGGAGAGUCUGUUGAAUCACUCUCAUUCUGUUAUUAAAACUCAAAGCUCAAAGGUAGAUGAACUGGAGACAGGUUUGUCUCACAUUAAUCAAAAUAUUAAUGCUCUGAAAGAAAAGGCUGAAGGUAAUUACAAGAAAGCACAGAAUCUUUUAAAUAACUUUAGUAAAACUAAUCAAAGAGGAAGAACUUUAAUUUCCAAGAUCCAAUCUAUUCUCAUCCAUAUUAAUGUUCUCUUGGGACAGAUAGAUGGCACUUCUACAGAAGGAUCCUCUUUUCCUACAGAAUACUCUGCAAAAGAGCUGGUGAAAGCUCAGCAAAUGAUCAAUGAAAUGAGAAACCGCAAUUUUGGCCAACAGCUAACAGAAGCAGAAAAGGAAAAAGGAAAAGCCCAACACUUGCUAGAUCGAAUAAGGAAUGAACUAGAAAAGCGUAACACAAACAACCAAGGGCUCAUUAAAAGUGUGAGAGAUUCACUAAAUGAAUAUGAAUCCAAGCUCAAUGAUCUUCGUGAAUCUUUGCGAGAGGCAAAGGAACAAACCAAGCUAGCUGAAAACUUAAAUGGAGAAAAUGAACGUCUUUUGGAAGAGAUUAAGAAACAGACAGAAGAGAUGACUACCCAACAGAGUGCUAUAAGGGAUUUUCUGAAUUCUGCUAAAGCAUCAGUGUCUCAAACAAACAAUAUAUUUGAAUUGUUCCAGAAGAGUAAAGAGGAAUAUGAAAGCCUAGCUGCCAAUUUGGAUGGAGCAAAGAAAGAUCUGGAUGAAAAACUGAAGAGCCAAUUCUUAUCGUCCAGUAAGGAACCUUUGGUAGUGAAAGCAGAAAUGCAUGCCAACUCUUUACAAGACCUGGCAAGAAAGUUGGAUGAACUCAAGAGGAAUGCCAGCAAGAAUGAGCUAGUGACCUGUACUGUGGGAACUGCUAGUGCUUUUGAGAAUAUUUCUGAUAUUAUUCGAGCAGCAGAAGCAGCAGCCAACAAAGCAUCAAGUGCAGCAGAUUCAGCUUUAUCGAUCUCAGUCCAGCACUUGAUGAUAUGAAGAACAAGCUUCAGGAAGCCGAACGGAAAAAAACUGCAAUACGGGGAGAUCUUAGUGAGUUCCAAAAUAACCUCCAGGGAAUAGAGAGAGAUAAUACAGAGAGUUUAAUCACAACUGCAAAUACCAUGAUUAAGAAUGCCAACAAUAUUACUACAAAUGUACUCAGUGAACUGGAGCCAAUUAAAGCUGGAGUUGAGAACAUAAAAAACACUUAUGAAAAUGUACAGAUUACUGAUUUCAACAAGGCUUUGAGAGAAGCAAGCCAUUCAGUAAAUAAUUUAACAAGCAUGCUCCCAGAUCUGUUUAACAAGAUUACAAAUAUCAAUCAACAAGUCAUAUCAACAAGCAAUCUAACUGAGAAUAUAAAUCGCAUCAGGGAGCUCAUCCAGCAAGCCAGGGAUGCUGCAAAUAAGGUGGCCAUCCCUAUGAAAUUCAACGGCAAAUCGGGAGUUGAAGUUCGACUUCCUGAUAUCCUGGAUGAUCUGAAGGGUUAUACUUCCCUUUCUUUCCUUCUACAAAGGCCUAAUAAAAAGGAAGUCAUGACACAAACACGCAACAUGUUUGUCAUGUAUCUGGGUAACAAAGAUAGUUCCAGCAACUAUAUUGGUAUGGCUAUUCGUGGUGGUCAUCUUAUUUGUGCCUAUAACUUAGGAGGCUCCGAAAAUGAAAUACGAGUGAAGGAAAAAUUGAAUGAGAAAACCACUAAGGAUAUAGCUUUGGAUCAGGUCACAUUUAAGAGAAUUUACCAGUAUGCAGAAUUAGCAUACAAGCAUGCUGCACCCUCAGAUUUGUCAACCAAAGAUCUCAGUAGGAAUAGUAACACUCUUCUUAACUUGGAUCCUGACAAAGUGGUCUUCUAUGUGGGAGGAUAUCCACCAGAAUUUACGCCUCCGAGUCUACUGGACUAUCCACAUUAUGAAGGCUGCAUUGAAUUAGAUAGCUUAAAUGACAGAGUUUUCAGUCUGUACAAUUUCAAGAAGACUUUUAAUCUUAAUACUACUGCGGUGCAACCAUGCAGGAGAUACAGAGAACAAUCUGCUGAAUUUUACUUUGAAGGCAUCGGUUAUGCACAUAUCAAAGCUUCUCCAGGCAGAGGAAUCAUAAAAUAUGAACAAACCAUUCAAACUACUUCAGAUGUCGGGUUGGUGUUCUUUGCAGAAAACCAGGACAAGUUUAUUAGUUUGCGAAUUGAAAAUGGCCACCCAAUAUUCACACACAAAGUUGAUUCACAACCUCCAAUUGAAAUAUCAAAUGGAAUCAUGAGCAAUGUACCAGAAAAACUGGUUAUUUUACACAUUUCCCCCCAAAGAUUUAUUUUUGGGGUUGACACACUUAGAUUAUUUGCCAACGUGACUACAUUUAAUUUUGAUUCAUAUUACUUGGGAGGAAUUCCAACCUAUCUAAGAGAACGGUUUAAUAUAUCCACACCACCAUUUCGUGGGUGCAUGAUGAAUAUUAAAACCUCAUUUGAACGUUCCAUAACCUUCUCUGAAAGUUUUGGUGUCAGCAGAAAAUGCCCGGAUGACUGGAAGCUGGUGAGAACCGCAAACUUUUUCAAGAAUGGAGUUCUUGACUUAAGUGAUAAAGAUUUUCCAUUCCCUGAUAAUUUCCAAGUUGGAUUUGGUUUUCACACAUUGGCAGUUAACGGAAUGCUACUAAGUUAUAAUACACGGCUUGCCGAUUUUACCAUUCUCCUAAGAAAUGGCUAUGUAAUUGUAAGCCUGGCUGAUGAAGUAAUCGAAUCUAGCAAAAAAUGUGAAAUUGGUUCAAUGCAUUACAUAACAGUGAUAAAAGAAGAUGAUAUGCUGAAGUUAUUAGUUGACGAUAUACCUAAGUCAGAAACAGUUGUAACUCCUGAAAGGAAAUCAAUGAAUCAACCAAUAAAACUGGGUGGGGACGACUUUGAAGGGUGUAUGUCCAAUGUCUUUAUAGAACGUUCACAGCUACCUGCUCAGGUUCAAAAUUUAACUGAUUCUGUUAGAAGAGAUGUGUCUCUAGGAUUCUGUAUGAUUCCAGAACGACAAAAGCCAAUGCUGUUGAAAGAAUUACCAGAUACACACCAUCGAAAGUUUUCAAAGAAGAGGAAAAAUAUUGCCCAUCUGACAGAUUCAAAUAGACAGCAGAACAAGAAUGGCUGUCCUUUGCAUGCUGAGUUAAAAUUUGUCUCUGAAGCCUACCACUUUGGCAAUAAUCUAGGAACUUAUUUGUUGUUUUCAAUAUCCCAAACAUCAACAGACAGAUCCCAUUUUGCUGUUGAUGUUCGUACAUCAUCGUCUAGGGGAAUGGUCUUCUUCAUGGGAGAUCAGAUGGGGAACAGAUAUGUUGCUCUUUACCUUUCAAAAGGACGGUAUGUCCUUGCAGUUGCCUAUGAUGGAAAAAAGAUAAAAAUCAAGAGCAAAGCUAAAUACAGUGAUGGACAGUGGCAUAUGGUGACAUUCAGCAUUAGUGAAAACAAAAUACGCCUAGUAAUCGAUGGUUUGAAGACUCACGAAGGAAACCUGCCAUCUUCUUAUUCUUAUUCCCAGAUAAAUGCAUCAAUAUAUCUAGGAGCUGUUCCAUCAUUAAACAUUAAGAAUAUUCCAGAGAAGAGUUUUGUGGGCUGCUUGAGAAACUUUCAAGUUGGGAGAAAACACAUGUAUACUUACCAGCAAAACAAUGGUGUCCUGCCUUGCUUGGACAAUAUUUUGGAGAAUGGUGUUUCAUUUUUCAACGAAGGAGGAUAUAUUGUGAUUGAAAACACCUUUUUAAUAAACAUAGACUAUAGGAUUGCAUUUAGCAUCCGUCCAAGAAGUUCCACUGGCAUUUUAAUCCAUGCUGGCAGCAGUCAAGAAAACUAUUUCACUCUUUACAUGGAAGGAGGCACGCUCACUGCCUCUGGAAAUAAUGGUGCUGGCGAAUUUUCUCUCUCUGUCACACCUCAGCAAUCUCUGUGCGAUGGACAGUGGCACUCUGUAGCAGUGGCUCAGAAGCAGAAUAUUAUCAACUUAUAUGUAGACACAAAUAGAAAUUAUACUGCUGCACUAUCACCUAAGCUUUCUACCAGUCAUACUCAACCACUCUAUUUUGGAAGAAUUCCAGUUAAUUUGGAAACACCAUGGCUUUCAAUUCAGGAUGUGUUCCAUGGCUGUUUAAAGAAUAUGAAAAUUAAUUACAAAUCUAUCUUACUGAACAAAAUGUCAAACAUUAAUGGUGUUGUCAGCCUGGAAGGAUGUCCUGUCUAUUAACUGUUCCAUAUAUAUCUUCUGAGUAUAAAACCAUCUAAUGUGCUGUAUGGAUAGCCACAAUAUGGUUUGAUCUCUUUCUAUGGUCUUUUGCCCUUGUUUCCAUCACAAUUCAGUAUGUUCAGUAUAAUUGUGGUCUGUGUUGCCUUUCUUUGAGGUUUCUUGAAGCUUUUGUUGUCCUGUGUGCAAACUGUCUAUGAUAAAGCCACUUGAAAUAUAAAAUGACCUUCUAAUGUAAUAUGGUGGUAUUUUGCUUUCAACAACAGCUGAGUAUACUUAGAGCAAUUGCAUUGACAAAAAUCCGGACUCCUAAGGCUCCUGAAAUGAAAAGAACUCCCAAAAUAAGAAUUAGAAGGUCCUUGGACACAAAUAGAACCGGACUUCACAGAUAAAAUGUGGAAAAAUAAAAUACAUUGUUGAAUUGCUGAAUUAUUUUUUUGUAUGCUGAAAUGUGCAUUUAAUAAUUGAUAAAAAAUAAUAUAAAUUGAGUAUGAAGCACUUUAAAAAAUUUAGCAUACUGGAGGUGAUAGUCUUAAGAGUUUUAUUACCAAAUAAAUGCAAUUUUCAUUUUGGAAAA